AUGGCCGACGUUGAAAUCAGUGAUGCCGAGAAGGUUCGGAUUGCUUCGGAUUUCAUAAAGCAUGCGCCACCUGGAGAGUUCAACGAGGUAAAAUGAUGAUUCGAAUCAGAUGAAAUCUUCAUAUUCAGGUGUUCAAUUCGGUGAGAAUGUUGCUGAAGAACGACCAUUUGCUGAAAGACAAAUGCGUCGAGGCCAUCUCUCAGUACAACGUCAACCAGUUUGUUCCUGUGAAACUGGAAGGAGUCGAGAAGCAGGUUUGUCUGGGUAUUAUUUUCUUUUAAUCAUGAUAAGCUCAGACCUUGAUCACUCCGUACAACGACUUGGGUAAUGGAAGAUUCUACGACGAAGUCUCCAGAAAGAGCUUCAAAUAUGAUCACAUGCGCAAAGAAGCGAGCGAUGUGCAGCCGCAUCAGAGCGAAGGAGGAAUUAACGAACAAUGGCGCGCCGCUCUUCAGAAGGUUUUUUAUUAUCUAAAAAAAUAAUUCAGCGUUAUUUUGAAUAGGAAUUGGACCACUACGUCGAUGAGCACUAUUCGAAGUCUGGCGUCGGCGUCUGCUUCGCUCGGAAUGGAUCGUUCAACAUUUGCAUCGAGUCUCAUCAGUUCCAACCCAAGAAUUUCUGGUCAGUUUAACCCAAGAUUUUAAGCUUCUGAAAAGUUUUUUUCGGGAAUGGUUCAGUAUUUUUUAGGCAAAUAAAAGAUAGUAGAAAUUAAUUUUGUUUUUGGAAACCAAUUAGAAUACUUUACCAAGCGCCAUAGGAUAUAUCGUUGUUCUUCUUUAAUCAGUUAAAAUAAAUUAAAAAAACCAAUUAAUGGCUUCAGAGACAAGUUUUAAAAAAAUUAAAUGAAAUCGUUUCUCUUAGUUUCAGUAUGUUGAAUUUUUUUACAAAAAGCUAUUUUUUGUGAUCUUUAUUUUUUUUUUCACUCAUAUUUAGAACAUAUUCUGGAUUUGCUUUUUGAACUUUCUGUUAUAUUUCAAAUUUAAUUUAGUAAAGUUGGUUUGUAUAAUGAAGGGAUUGAUUGAAGUUCUGUUGCUUAUCAAUUGGUUUAGCAACGGCCGCUGGAGGUCCGAGUGGAACGUUCCCGUUGGAGAAGGAAAGUCGGGCUCACAGGAACUCAAAGGUCGCAUUUUGUCGCAGGUAAAAAAAAUGAAUAGAAUUGGGAGAAACAGAGACAAUUCUUUCACCAGGUGCACUAUUACGAGGAUGGAAAUGUUCAACUAUUCUCUGAUAAGGAACCUCUCAUCAAAGUUCAAAUCUCGGUAGCACAGUUUUCCCUCAAGGUUAUUGGGUGCCUCUUUCAGGCUGACAUCGAAAAAACGGCCAAGGACGUGCUCCACGCUAUUUGCGACGAGGAAGCCAAAUAUCAGGUGUAGAUUACUUGUCGUUGAAAGUUGUUCCUAUGAUUGUUUCAUGGAUUUUUGCGUUAUUAAAGAUAGGAACUUUCACUGUUGGAGGAAAUAUUUUUUCAAUAAAUUGCGUUUAUGGGGGAAAAAACUUAGGCUGUCUAACGAUAUACUGCACUUCUUUUUAUUCGAGUAAUGAAAAAAAAAAAAUAAUAAGUGAGAAAACUUUGAACUAACCAUAGCUAUCGUAGCGAUUCUCUUGUUUAGUCAACGCCUUUUUGAAAUGUAAAAAAAUACUUCCAUAGUCUACAAUUAUUCUGUUUUUAUCGACCCGUUCUUGACCCUCAACAAAUAAUCCAUUUUGUCGUUCAGAACGCGAUCCAAGAGAAUUACGCUUGCAUGUCGGACACGACUUUCAAGGCGCUGAGACGUCAGUUGCCCGUUACUCGCGCCAAAAUGGACUGGAACAAGGUAAAAUUUUCCCGUUUUAUCAAAAAUCAACGUUUUUUUGAAGGUUCCGACCUACCGCAUCGGACAAGAAAUGAAGUAA